CACACACACACAGAGAGAGAGAGAGAGAGAGAGAGAGAGAGAGAGAGAGAGAGAAAUAGCACAUAAAAAUGACCAGUGAACUAUGAGGCUAUGUAUUCCCUUUGCAUUCGGUGUCCAGAGGUAUGGGAUGUGGCAGAAAUGAAUGAUUUGCCCAGAUAUCCUCUCCACGGAGUAUGGUGUCCAGGAAGUGUUAGCUGGAGGGGUGAGGAGUACUCAUCUAAGCAAAAUGUGCAGGCACUGGCACCCCACAGCCAAGUGCAUGGGUGGCUCACACUCACACUCCGGGCUUCUCCGGCUGUUGUAGCACCUAAGGGGAGAGGGGCUCCGGCCUCCCCUGAAAAGCCACAAGGUGGAUGGAGCUUCCUCCCCUCAAGUUCAGUUCAAAUGGUGAAGCUCAAUGGCUGCUUCCUUCGUUCCGGGGGGGCCCCCCCAGCCCUCCCCACCCCGCCAAAUGGUUAAACCUUCAGCUCGUACACAAGUGACCUUCAUUAAAUAGAGGUCGUGUCUCACGUUUCCUUGCAGCGUCUUCAGCUCCAGCCGAACUCUUCGAGGACUGCUCCGCCUCUUUCACAGGGACCUCAGAUUCCCGGUGCUGCAUUUCUCAUCGUUCUUCUUGGGUGGGAAGAGUGGGGUGCUCAUAGAGGAACCCCAACUUGAACAGUCUGUGGAGAAAGGCUGUGGGGUGUGCUGCUAUGUAUAUGGAUAGCAGAAGCAAGAACCCGGGAAGCGGAUGUUCGUGCACAAUCUACCACUGCCCCCAUCUCAACGUCCACAUGGUUUCCCAGCCUCGGAAGCGAUGCUGGUAGGGUGGGACCCUGUCUCCAGCUUGACUCUCUUUUCCCAAGCAGCUCCUAGGAUUGGGCUCUGCGUGUGUGUGUGUGUGUGUGUGUGUGUGUGUGUGUGUGUGUGUGUGUGUGUGUGUGUGAUGAGGGCGGGAGAGAAAGGAGGAGGGAUCGAACCAUGAAACACCGGGAGCCGCAGACACAGGAAGAGGCCAAGGGCUGGGAGACACCAGAGCUCCCUAGAGCUUGAGGUCAGGAUAUCAGUCUCGGAAAUCCCCUGCAAGUCCUGGGAACAAGGGUGCUCCCAAGAAUAGCUAAGAGACUGCAUGUGUCGCCGCUUCCCCGCGGACCGCCCCUCCGUAAGCCACGCCCACAGCGCCUACUUCUCAGGAUGCAGAAAGCUAAGGUUGGAGGGUCUCUGGUCCACCGACGCCAGCUUGUCUCGCUCUCCAGCAGCCCCGCUAGCUCUCAGGGCUGCCCUACCCCCACGGUUUGGAGAUCUGCGGGACCCCUUGGUUUCCCCCUCCAGCUGGGCGUUCCGCCCCUGGCCUAUGAAACUCCACCUCCUCAUUCUCUGCUGGCCAGGAUUGGUGGGUCUCCCACGGCGAUGCCUAGCGAUUGGUCCCCAUGGAUGAUGGUGACCAGCGAGACUCCGCCCCCGGCCGGCGCUGGGGUCUGGGGGCACUGCUCAGCGGUGCUGGGCUGGCGAGGCUUGAGCCGCCGCCACCGCCGCCGCCGCCGCCGCCGCCGCACUGACAGCUCCGUCUGUGGACCAUGGAGACUGGCGCCGGUCCACACCCGCUGCGCCUCUUCGUCUGCCUGAUGCCACUCUGCCUGGCUCUGCUUCUGGGACCUGGGCGGCCCGGGACCGCCGAGGAAGUUAUCCUCCUGGACUCCAAAGCCUCCCAGGCUGAACUGGGUUGGACUGCCCUGCCAAGUAAUGGGUGGGAGGAGAUUAGUGGCGUGGACGAACAUGACCGUCCCAUCCGUACGUACCAAGUAUGCAACGUACUGGAGCCCAACCAGGACAACUGGCUGCAGACGGGUUGGAUCAGCCGUGGCCGUGGGCAGCGCAUCUUCGUGGAACUGCAGUUCACGCUGCGCGACUGCAGCAGCAUCCCUGGCGCCGCGGGCACCUGCAAAGAGACCUUCAACGCUUACUACCUGGAAACGGAGGCCGACCUGGGACGUGGGCGUCCCCGCCUAGGAGGCAACCGGCCCCGCAAGAUUGACACUAUCGCGGCUGAUGAGAGCUUCACGCAGGGCGACCUGGGGGAGCGCAAGAUGAAGCUGAACACAGAGGUGCGUGAAAUCGGCCCCCUCAGCCGGCAAGGCUUCCACCUGGCCUUCCAGGAUGUGGGUGCAUGCGUGGCGCUGGUCUCCGUGCGUGUCUACUACAAGCAGUGCCGUGCCACAGUGCGGGGCCUGGCGUCCUUCCCAGCCACGGCAGCCGAGAGUGCCUUCUCCACGCUGGUGGAAGUGGCUGGAACAUGCGUGUCCCACUCGGAAGGGGAACCUGGCAGCCCUCCCCGCAUGCACUGUGGCGCCGACGGCGAGUGGCUGGUGCCGGUGGGCCGCUGCAGCUGCAGUGCAGGAUUCCAGGAACGUGGUGACAUCUGUGAAGCCUGUCCCCCAGGGUUUUUCAAGGUGUCCCCAAGGCGGCCCCUCUGCUCACCGUGCCCGGAGCAUAGCCUGGCUCUGGAGAACGCCUCUACAUUCUGCGUGUGCCAGGACACCUACGCUCGCUCGCCCACUGACCCGCCCUCAGCCUCCUGCACCCGGCCGCCGUCCGCGCCACGGGACCUGCAGUACAGCCUGAGCCGCUCCCCCCUGGCGCUGCGGCUGCGCUGGCUGCCGCCUGCCGACUCAGGCGGCCGUUCCGACGUCACCUACUCGCUGCUGUGCCUGCUCUGCGGCCGCGACGGCCCGGCGGGCGCAUGCCAACCCUGCGGGCCACGUGUGGCCUUCGUCCCGCGCCAGGCCGGCCUGCGGGAACGCGCCGCCACGCUGCUGCACCUGCGGCCGGGCGCGCGCUACACCGUGCGCGUGGCCGCGCUCAACGGCGUCUCAGGCCCGGCAGCCGCCGCGGGAGCCACCUACGCGCAGGUCACCGUGUCCACCGGACCCGGGGGGAGAGAGGCACUUGGGACUCCUAUGGGAGAAACCUCUGCUGUCUCCCCAGAUGAUCGGGGUCAGGUUCCCCCACCCAACUCACGGGAAGUCCCUUGUCUCCCUGCUCCCCUCCUCUCAGCCUCCUGGGUCUGGGCCUCACUACUCCAUCCUCUCCAGGGUCAGAGUGAGCAGACUUACUCCACAGUGAAGACAGGGGCACCGGCUGUCACCGUCACCAACCUGAAGCCUGCUACCAGAUACGUUUUUCAGAUCCGGGCAGCCUCCCCAGGGCCAUUAUGGGAGGCCCAGAGCUUCAACCCCAGUAUCGAAGUGCAGACCCCAGGGGAAGUUGCCUCAGGGUCCAGAGACCAGAGCCCCGCAGUAGUUGUUACUGUUGUGACCAUCUCGGCCCUCCUGGUCCUGGGCUCUGUGAUGAGUGUGCUGGCCAUCUGGAGGAGGCCCUGCGAUGGCAAAGGAAGCGGGGACGCCCACGACGAGGAGGAACUGUAUUUCCACUUCAAAGUCCCAACACGCCGCACGUUUCUGGAUCCCCAGAGCUGCGGGGACCCGCUGCAGGCUGUGCAUCUGUUCGCCAAGGAGCUCGAUGCCAAAAACGUCACCCUGGAGAAGAGCUUGGGAGCAGGACGAUUUGGGGACCUGUGCUGUGGCUGCCUGCAGCUGCCUGGUCGCCAGGAGCUGCCUGUGGCCGUACACACUCUGAGGGAUGGUUGCUCCGACUCCCAGCGGCUCAGCUUCCUGGCUGAGGCCCUCACCCUGGGGCAGUUUGACCACAGCCAUAUUGUGCGGCUGGAAGGAGUUGUCACCCGAGGAAACCCCUUGAUGAUUGUCACGGAGUACAUGAACCUUGGGGCCCUUGAUGACUUCCUCAGGCAUCACGAGGGGGAGCUGUUGGCCGCGCAGUUAAUGGGUCUGCUGCCGGGGCUGGCAUCGGCCAUGAAGUAUCUGUCAGAGAUGGGCUAUGUGCACCGGGGUCUGGCAGCCCGCCGGGUGCUCGUCAGCAGUGGCCUCAUCUGUAAGAUCUCUGGCUUCGGGCGGGGUCCCCGGGACCGAGCAGAAGCUGUCUACACCACCAUGAGUGGCCGGAGCCCAGCACUCUGGGCAGCUCCUGAGACGCUUCAGUUUGGCCACUUCAGCUCUGCUAGUGACGUGUGGAGCUUUGGCAUUGUCAUGUGGGAGGUGAUGGCCUUUGGGGAGCGGCCCUACUGGGACAUGUCUGGACAGGAUGUGAUCAAGGCUGUGGAGGAUGGCUUCCGGCUGCCACCCCCCAGGAACUGCCCCCCCUCGCUGCACCGGCUGAUGCUUGACUGCUGGCGGAAGGACCCAGGUGAGAGGCCCAGGUUCUCCCAGAUCCACAGCAUCCUGAGCAAGAUGGGGCAGGAGCCAGAGCCCUCCAAGUGUGCCGCGAACACCUGCCUCAGACCUCCCACCCCCCUGGCAGACCGUGCCUUCUCCACCUUUCCCUCCUUUGGCUCUGUGGGUGCCUGGCUGGAGGCCCUGGACCUGUGCCGCUAUAAGGACAACUUCUCUGCAGCUGGCUACGGAAGCCUGGAGGCUGUGGCUGAGAUGACCGCCCAAGACCUGGGGAGCCUGGGUAUCUCUUCCGCCGAGCAUCGAGAAGCCCUCCUGAGUGGGAUCAGCGCCCUGCAGACUCGAGUGCUGCAGCUACAGGGCCAGGGGGUACAGGUGUGAGCAGCUCAAUCCUGCCCAAGGACCUGCAAGCUACACCCGCCUUGGGUGGGAGGAGCGAGCGCUCUCUUACUCUUAGUGGGCCCUGAGCGGGUUGGUACCACGUUAUCCCCCCAUUUCAUAUCUCCUCUCAACACCUUGCUGACCUAGUGGUCCUCCAAAAGAGGUUCAGAUCCCUGGAGAGGACCCCAGAGAUAACAGUAGGAAGAAGUUUAGGGUGUCAAGGGCGAAGCCGGUUGGGGGAAGAUAGUCAAUUUCAGUUGUCUUACCUCAGGCCCCUUGGUCUUCCAUGCUCACUGGGGGUUGGGCCUAAUCAGUGGGCAUCUCAUUUCCUCAGAGAGCUUUUAGCCUGCCAGGCAGUAAGGGUCCCUGAGAGAGACCCAUUGGUUGUAGCAGAGGCCACAGCUGCCUGGUCACCUAAGUAUGGGACCCUGGGCUAGUGGGUGGUGUUCCUUAAUUCCUAUGCCUUGGCUAGGUCUGUCUGAACCCUGGUCCCAAGGCCCAAGCAGGAAAGUGGUGCUGAGCUCAGGGACUGGACCCCCCAGGCGGAGACUUCAGAGCUGAUGGCUUCCUGCCUUGGGUUAGCAGGUCAGGGCGAGGGCCAGGUUCCUACUAGGGCACACAAGGUCCUGGUGCUCCCCCUGGGCCUGGCUGUCUCAUUUAUUUGGGAACUGAUUCAGAAGAGAUCGGGGUAGUGGGGGGAGGUGUUGCUCUGCAUUCUGGAGAGUAGAGAGAAGGAGAAAGAGACUGAGGAGGCAGUGGUUUUGACAGUCUGGUUCAACCCCCCUGUAUAGAUGGGGAAGUCAGAGCUUAUGAUCUCAGAGCCAGGGUUUGACGCCAGACCAAAAUCCAGGGAGAAGGCUGACUCUGGAGACAGCUUGCCCUUCCCCAUGGUACCAGCACCGUUCCCUGCGCAGCCCAGCGACUCCUCGCUGGGUGAGUCCCUUCAGGCUGCUCUGCCCCCACACGCCAUGCUUCCUCUGUAGAGUGCGUGCGUGUGUGUGUGUGUGUGUGUGUGUGUGUGUGUGUGUGUGUGUGUGUGUGUGCUGUCCAGAGCCUUGAAGGAGUGUGGUGCUACCUGACCUAUCUGCAAGGGCCCUGGCAGCUGUGAGAACUUGAGACCAAGACUAUCCUGGGAGGGCAGAGAGGCUGCUGGAUGUGGACAGGACCACUGGGGCCAAAUUUUUCUACAUCAUUCCUGAUGGCUCCCUGCUCUGUUUCUGCUGUGGUAGGGAAGCGGGGCAGCAUGGGCUGGGCCAGCAAGUGGGAGUGCAGAGAGGCAGACAGAAUACAGUGUGCCGUUGGAGGGAUCAGACUAGGAGCGGAUUCCCCUGGGGGACAGGAAGGAUGGCCAGGUAGACUGUUGACAUGUAUGUGUCAAGGGGUGUCCAGAAAGCUUCUUAGCCUAAGUCAGAACUGAAUAAGGUCUUGAAGGGUAGAGCGUUCUCUCUGUAGGGUGGUUGGAGUUACCAGCAGGCUCAGAAUCCAAGCAAGGAUCUCUAGCAGAGAGUCUGGGGGCCGGAAGCCACAGCAUCUUUGGGGAGUAGCCCAUAGGGGGGUCAGUGACUCUCAGCAGUGCCUUUGGCCUUGAUCUGCCAGCAGCAGCUCUUCCCUCAUCAGAGCCUGCCCCAUUUCUGGCUCUCUGCUCCCUGGUGGACACCUGCCUGAGCUCAGUGACUGCAGGAAUGCUGGGGUAGACUGGGAUACGGCACCCACCUUUGACAGACCUGGGGGAACUGAUAGGCCCCCACAGGCUCUUCCUUCAUUCUCCCUCCAGGGAAAACUGGCCCAACAUCCAAGGCUCCCGGGGACCAGUGCCCUGUCUUGGGUGAUCAGAACCUCAUCCCCAUCUCCAGCCACAUCAGUCAUUCUCAAGGUCAAACUCCUCCCCUCCCCAGUUGUCAGCAGAGGGGUCCCUGGUUGUGUUGGCAAGACUUCGGUGUCCAGGGUAGACCUCCCCUCUGAUGAGGAGUGAGGUCCUAGAAUCCUGAGAAGGUCCCAGGCCUCGGCCCUGCACAGCACCAGCAUGAUACAGGGUGCUAGGCCACUGGGGACCCUCCACAGAUCUAUUUUUUUACAUGGAACUUGUUUGCUGGACAGAGAGAGGUGGCCUGGAACCCAUAUUGCCCUGUCUGCACCCACCCGGGGAGGGAGGGGCUGGUUGUGGGUGGAGGCUCCUUUGAGGAGCUCUGGAGAUGCUUUUUAUAUUUCUUGGGUUCUAUAUGCAGUACAAAGUAAUAAAAACUUGUCCGUGUUAUGGUC